AAAACAAGUUCCACGAAGAGGCUCGAAGAACAUUGGACCCCUGGCAAAUCUAGUGGGUUCGUCAGCAGCAGACAACUUUUAGCAGGGCUGUGUUUAAUUACAAGAGCUGUAGGUUUUCAGCACUGGAGCUGUCCAGCUUCCGCGCCCUCAGCACGCGCUUCACAAACAACGCGGUCUUCGGCUGCGGGAUAUUUCUUUGACUGGGACACACACACACACACACACACACACACACACACACACACACACACACACACACACACACACACACACACCAUUAGGCUGUGGUACAGUGGCCGCCGCGAUUACACACGCAUAUCCUUCACUGACGAAAGCAACGCUUGAAAUGACUGCUGGCAGCGCGUGAGGAGAGGAGCAGAAGAAAUCCAGUCCCAAGUACAGGAGCACCAUCCAAUUUCCUCCAGCCAUGGGUGUGCUGAUGUCUAGGAAGCAGCAGGUGGAGAAGGUGCAGAAGUGCAGUGUGGUGGUGUCAGCAUUUAAAGAGGGUCUGAAGGAUCGGGCGGCCCCAGCAGAUGCGGCCCAGACUGAAGAGGUCAUAGCGGAGAACGGGGAUGAAUCUGCUGAAGGAUCCCACCAGGCUAACAAAGAUCACACUGAGCAGAAAGACAAGGACAGUAAACCAGGGUCAUUACCAAAUCAGCAGGCCUCAGCUUCAUCCAGAGAGGAACAUAGGGUCAAUCAGGAGGCUUGGGGGCGUCUCCGUGACGGGAAAGGGGUGGAGCCUGAGGAUCUAAAGAAGGCGCAUCAGCUCACUCCUCCGACGUUCGUGAGGCCGAAGAGAGAGGUCGACGACGACCAACCGCUAAACGUCUCGCUUGAGCAAACUGAGCAGCACGUCAAUGAUGAGAUGUGUGAGGUGUGUGAGGUUUGGACGGCGGACGAUCUGUUCCCCUGCGGGACGUGCACGCGGGUCUUCCACGACGGCUGUCUGCGGGAGAUGGGCUACCUGAGCAAUGAAGCCCUGCAGGAGAUGAGAGAGACAGCCCACACCACCACUGGCUGGAGCUGCUAUUACUGCGAUAAUGUGAACCUGCUGCUUACUGAAGAAGAGAUGUACAGUCUGAUGGAGACCUUCAAGCAGUGCAAGAUCAUUCCAGAGUCGUGCCUGGUGUCAGAUGAACUCCUUCAGUACAGGCACUUUGUAACCAAGCAGCUUUUUGAACGAGACUUGACCGAUGAAGAGGAAGAGGAGGUUCUGGCUCAGUUUGCAGCACUGGAUUCAGAGAAGAAGGGUCAGAUUGAGUGGUCUGACUUCCUCUACCACGAGUCGCUCUCAGUGCUGCAGAAAUUCCGGACUGAGAAUUCGCUGGUGAGAAUCCUCACAGCAAAGGAGAGGGAUCGGGCACGGGCCGUUUUCCAGAGUCUAGACCAGGAUAAAGAUGGGAUCAUUACUGCCGGAGAAGCCAGAAGAGCCCAAACCUCCUGGUUCCACAAGAUUAACAAAGAAUCACAGUCCUGCAGUGUCAGACUCAUUGGAUUGUGUUCCCCUUUGUUCAGUAUGGGUAUCAGCCAUGUUGGUCCAAUAUCUGAGAGCAGUCCUGCCAGUUCCAGUAGUGAGAGAAGCAGAGAUAAAGCCAUGGAGAAUGACAACAGACCGUUUACCUGGGAUAACUUCCUGAGGGAGAGCGCCAUCUACAUCCUGGCCGCCAGGCCCAACAGCUCAGCCAUGCACAUCCGUUUGCCACUCUAACCGCGGAGAUUUCCAGAGGGGCUACCCGUGUACAGAUUCAUGAGCAAGAGGUACAGAGGACUAAAACGAGAGUUACACGACAAAGCAAAUGAGUGGGCCACCACACUCAAAGACUGUACAAGCCAUCGAUGGAUUUUUCCUCUAACCCAAGCUAGCGACACACUGACAAAUUCAACGCUCUUGAACAAUAGCACAUCUGUCAGCACUUCACAAUUGAGCUUUCACAAGCUUGUUUGAUUUCUGUGACCAAGUCACUGUUUCGAUCAGAGACCCUGCCGCACGUUUGCAAAAUUACAGCACCACAGUGUUUGCGUAGUGUUUUUGAUGUUGACGUGUUGUACCAUUUUCCAGUUGUGGCUCUAGCCAAAUGAGUUGUGGGAUCAAUGUGUUUGAGCAGUAGUCGGAUCAUUGCUGAUCUCAUUUCAGUCACCAUAAAAUAUGAAUAUACAGAGAAUAUGGUCAAAAAAUCAAAGUGAGAUGCUAUUGAUACUAUAUACAGUAUACAUAUAUAUAUAUGUGUAUAUUAUACGAAAUAUUGUAUUUGUAUUUAUUCCCAUACAUUCAGGGAUGGAUCAUGGACCAGGUCAAGGAGCUUCCAGACUGCCAGAGGCCUUAAUCUGAGUCAAGUGAAAACUAAGGAAACAUAAAAUUGUUAUUGACAGACAAACACUACUUGCAAUUAAGAUACUACAGUAAGAAGAUCGACAUCAGUAUGAGUUUCCAGUCACUUGACAAGUCGCAUUAUGAGAAGUUGUGGUUCUUAAUUUUCUACUGCCAUAUUUUAUUUCUGAGUGAAAGAGGAUAUGUAAAGUGGAAAAGGUAAGGCAGAACAAUUUCUAUCUAUGGUGAAUUUAUUGGAUUGUGAAAUAAGGUAUUUUUGAUUCGUUUCUAAAACUUAGUGAGCUGCCAACUUACUCCGUAUUUAAGGCACCAUAGGCAUGUUCCUAAUGCAAAAUGUGUUCCAAAAUGUACAGGCAGCAUCAAUAAGUAAAUAAAUAUCGAAAAGUUUAUCUUAUAAGAAUCUUAUUUUACCCAGUAUAUGUUUGUGAAUAUUUAUGGGUAUUAGAGUAUUUCUUAGUUAGUUUAGCAACCAAAAACUUCAUUAAGAAGCUUUCUAAGAAACCUAAUUUUGACAAAAAUCAUAUGACUUAAUAAUAAAGUCUAAUAAAAAGUUUCAAUUAAAUAUCUAAUUAUUUUACCCAAUAUCUCUGUGUUCUAUGUAUUUUUUAAUAGUUUUAAGAAUAUAAUAUCCUUAGCUUAGCAACAUGCUAAUUUCAAACUGCAAAGUCCCUUUCAGACAAGUAAUUUCACACAGCUGUCAUCUUGAAACGCCUCUUGGUCAUGCAAGUGCAUAUCUUUUUGAAUGGGAAAACAUAACAUUUUUCAAAACUGUUCACCAAAAUUUAGAUUUAAUUUAAUAUUUGAAAUCGCCAAUGAAAUGUGACAACAACUGUCUCAUGUUUUUUGUUUCUAAACGCUCGAAUUAUGACAGAAAAUCAAGCUGAUGCACGGUGGAAGGGCAUCUGACUGACUCCGGGGCUUCUAACGGCAGCUGCUGUGACACGAUGACUUUACCAAUCAGCGAUUGGCUCAUAUUUAGAAGGCGGGACUUAUUCCACCAUAUUGAGCGUUAGACUUUCGCUGUUCAAAACAAUACGACUGACACAUCUUGUGUCUUUGAAUCAGUCAAGUCUUAGCAUGCUUCUUUCUAAGGUUCCACUUAUAUUUUUUUUAUUAAAAUAGGUAUGAUUAUUUCAAUAAUAAAAUACUUAUGAUCUCUAUUUAAAGAUGUCACUGAAAUCAACGAUUUUACCCAUUGUAUAGUUAGCUUAGCAACAUGCUAAUGCCAGACUCUGUUGAAAUCAGUUGUCAGUCAAGUCUAUCCUGUGUGUUUCAUCAUAGUUGCUUUGAAUCAGGAUUCUGUCCUAUAUGUAGCUAUAGCAAAGCAGCUCACUAGGUUGAUAAAAUGCAAAGUCACAAUUAAAAAGUAUUUUUAAGAUUUAAUUUUAUAAUUUGUUUCAUCCCCAGGGAAAAAGCAAUAACACAGGGCCUCGUAUAGACCAUAAUCCUUCAUUGUUGUUUUAUUUUCCAUUUGAUGUUUCUUUAACUCACUAGUCUCAGAAUUAUUAUAUUUUACUGGGUAUGUAAAAACUGAUGCAAAUACAAUCUUCCAAAAGAUUAAAAUACUAAUUUAAAGGAAAGAGCCGUGCAAGGAUUAGAACUUACUGCCUAAACAAAGAUAUGUUUCUUUCUUUCCCUCCUUCCUUCUUUCCUUCUUUCCUUCCUUCCUUCCUUGUAGUAUGAUCAUGUUGAAGUUGUUCUUACAUCUGCUGCAGAUGAAAACAAUUUCUAAUAUCUAAAACCCUUUUUUAUUAUAGGUGUAAAUCAUACACACUCCUGUAAAAUGGCUCCUGGGUUAAAACACUCAAUAUAUCGAACUGUUUGAAGGGUAUAAAUGAAACAGCUGCUCUUGUUUAUAUGGUCAUAUCCACUGUAUUUGCUUAUAGAAAGUUUGUAUUGGAUUGUGCUAGCUAGACAGUUAUUUCAAGGGACUGUGCAAUACUCUUGAGUUUUGCUGGUAGUGCUGGAAAUAAAUGCAUGGCGUUAACUCCAAAAAUUACA